UGCCUCCACCCUGACGAAUGUCCCUGCCUCCCGAGCCUCAAUUUCCCCAGGCACAGAAUGAAGGCUCUCGCAUCUGCCCCUUGGUCCUCUCGAAUUGUAAAAAUGCAGAUCGGCGGCUCAGUUGCUUGAGCUCCUUCCCCUAGGAGAAGACUCCUGCUGAAGACCCGCCUCGGACGGUUGGAUACAGAGGAGGGAAACCACAGUACCCAGAAGGCAUCUGAGGCGGCGCUGGCCAAUGACAGCACCGGACAGGGACGAUUCCUGCGACACACGUACGUGGGCGGGACUUCCGGGUGUUUCACUGCCGUCGCCAUUAGCGAAUGCCGUUUGCCGAGGAACGGCCUUGACUUGCUGAGGACUUGGCCAGCGCCACACCUGAGCCCUUUCGCGAGGAACGAGCCGGGAAGCAGGACAGACCUCACCCUUCGCGUUGUGUAGGGGCCGUGACCCCCGGUAGCGGGUGUCCCCCCCUGGCUGCCCGCUGGGCCGCGGCCUCUGCAGCCGCUCUCAUCCUCGCAGUCGCCGAGGGCGGCGCCCCGAGUCGUGGUGCCUUUUCCUCAGGGGACGCUGCGGUCCGGCCUGCCGCUCUCCGUCGAGGUUGCCAGGGCGCGCAGAGCAGAGGUGUGGCCGGCAGGCUGCCCUGGCGCUCGCGGCUCCCAGCCUUGCUCGACCCGCAAGGCCCCGUGAUGGCGCCGCCGACCGGACAAGCCCAGAUAUCUGUGACCUUUGAUGAUGUGGCCGUGACUUUUACCCAGGAGGAAUGGGGGCAGCUGGACCCGGCCCAGAGGACUCUGUACCAGGAGGUGAUGCUGGAAAACUGUGGACUUCUGGUGUCUCUGGGUCUUUUAGGCAGGUUCCCUCACAAAAGUCCCGGGAUGCCGCCAGACUACGGGAGCAGCAGAUCCCCUCAUUCAGCCAUCCUGGAUAGAGCUCUCUAAAGUUGCGUACCUCUAACUAUUGGUGAUUGAGGAAUGCCACUUGCAGGGUGUCCUGUUCCUAGACCUGAGCUGAUCUACCAGCUGGAGCACGGGCAGGAGCUGUGGACG